GGAAUGUGCUAGCUUAAUUAUAAUUAUAAAAGUUGUAGUUUGAAAAAUUAUGGCUACUCGACCACCGCCACGGAGGCUUCUCUCUAUGCCGCCUAGUCUAAUAUUGUAUGAGCCUGCCACCCGGUCCCCUACCCUAGCCCUCCACCAGUACCCUCCAAGAGAGGUGGCAAUGGAACUGUGUCUAAUGGACUCCCAGCUACUCAGGAACAUCUCUCCCCAGGAGCUGGAGGAUGGGGCCUGGAUGAAAGCUGACAAGAUGACCAGAGCUCCCAAUAUCAUGGCAAUGGUGCUUGCAUCCAACACACUGGCACAACUAGUACCUACCGAGGUCCUCAAGGAACAAACCAUUUCAGCCAUGGCACGAUGCCUAUCAGUAUUCAUUAAGAUAGCCAGCAAAUGUCAUCGCCUCAACAACUACAACUCCCUCAAGGCUAUUCUGGCUGGACUGCAGUGCACACCACUCUACAGACUCAAGCUCUCCUGGAGGGAAGUACCUACCAAGAGGAAAAGGAGGUUUGACUGUUUGUGUAAGCUCAUGUCUGAGGAGCGCAACUGGAGAGUGUACAGUCAUCAGCUGCAGGAGUUAUUGGACACCACUACUCCAUGCAUCCCCUUCCUGGGUGUGCUGCUCACCACCACUGUUCAAUAUCACAGCAAAUUAGAGGGACGAUCUCGCAAAGUGUCGGGUAUUGAAGACUACACACUACUAGAGGCUAUCACUGUCAGGAGUAGAUUGGACACACUCAGUCGCUUGUCGACAGGUGUCAAGAGUCUAGCACCAUGGCAGGAGGAGGAGGGUUCCACCACCAUAUUGGAGACACCAGAAAUACAACUGUGUAUAUUAGGACACAACUCUGAGAGUCCAUCAUCUAAGGAGGACCCACCCGCCCACACACACAGACAGAGGGCGUGGUCAGAACUGAGCGGACUAGACAGACUACACAAUCACAAGAAUGAACAAACACAGAGCAGAAGUUGCCAGGAUCUCAGAGAUGAGACUAAUUGGGAAGAUCGGGACUGGGAAACAAGAAGUAGCCACAACUCUUUAGACAGCUCAAGUAUUUCAACAACGGAGAGCUCCAAUGUGGCCACACCCACCUCUGUGUCCCCUACUGUUGCCACACCCCCCACUAUUGCCACGCCCACCUCUGCCUCCCCUACCAACACGUCCCCCACUGUACCAAUGAGGAAACGAUCGACUGAAAUUAUGGACAGAACUAAUCGAAAGUCUCGAAUUAAAAGCUCGAAGUUCUCUAUUGACAUUCCACCGUGUGUGUUGAGGGAGAGACGCAGGCCCUCCACACUCUUAGGUGUCCUCCAUGGAGCUAGUACCCCCUCAGGGCUACUCUCCUGCUAUCAGAUCAUGGCCCUGGGGUGUAGUGCAAGCAUGCACAGCAAGCCAGAGCUCAGGGAUAUCAUUACUAACUCUCACAGAAACACUGAGGCUGUUAAUUACCAGUUAUCACAUUUGAGAGAACCAUAAAUAAUUAAUAAUAUUCUACAAACAACACACAAUGUCAAAUUAUGAUCACGCUCUGCACAUAAUUAUACAAAAUAUUCAAAAAUUUUAUUUGUCAAAUUGUUUAAUUUUCUAUGA